AUGGGCUUUGCUAGCAAAUGGAUCAAUCUCAUAAUGAAGUGUGUCACCUCAGUCACAUAUUCUGUGGUUCAUAGCAGUCAUAUUUUGGGUCCUAUUACUCCUUCUCGUGGGAUUCGUCAGGGUGAUCCACUAUCAACAUACUUAUUUAUCAUCUGCGCAGAAGGCUUUUCAGCUUUAAUCAAAAGUUAUGAGGCUAACAGAAUUAUACAAGGCUGUCGUGUGCCCAACGGGGCCCCUUCUAUUACGCAUAUGCUUUUUGCUGAUGACAGUUAUCUUUUCUGUCAAGCUACAUCUGAUGCUGCUGAGAGCAUGAAUAGACUUCUCCGUACUUUUGAGCUUGCUUCUGGACAACGUUUCAAUGCUACCGAAUCCUCCAUUUUUUUCAGUCCCAAUACUGAGAAUUCGGUCAAAGAACAAAUCAACUCAACUCUUGGAAUGUCCGAAGCUACUGAUGGCUCUUUCUAUCUGGGGCUACCAAAUAUUUUUGGAAGGAAAAAAACGGUGAUUCUUGGCUUUCUUAAGAACAAGAUUAUUAACCGAAUAAACAGUUGGGAUGGUGAAUUCCUUUCUCAUGCUGGGAAAGAAAUCUUGCUUAAAACUGUCAUCCAAUCCCUCCCAACUUAUGCUAUGAGUGUAUUCCUUAUUCCGUUGGGUAUUUGCCAAGACAUUGAGAAAAUUAUGGCAAACUUUUGGUGGAAAACAAAAAGUUCCAAUGGUCAAGGAAUCAUUUGGAUGACUUAG